AUGGAGAUGAAUCAGCCAGCAGCUGCCGGUCCAUCUUCUGGCAUGCUUGCCAAAACAAGGGACACAGCCUGGAUGCAACGAGACCUCGAAGAGCUGACCAAUUUGAUCACCAGGAAAGGAAACGGCCUUGAAGUGAUCUCAGUAUGGGUAACGGGAGGCGACUCUGUGGCAACAUCCAUCACAAGGAAGGCCUUUGACGACCCAAACAUCUGGGGAAACUUCACAUGCCGCUCUUGGGUGAAGCUAUUGCAUCCUUUUAACCUCCAUGACUUCAUCAGGAGCUUGUUGGAUCAGUUCUAUGCAAACUUCCGUGAAGUGCAGCAAGAAGCAAUCAUUGGGACUGGUCUUGUUCAGGAGUUCAUGCAGCAAGUGAACAACCAAACCUACCUCAUUGUCCUGGAAGAUGUGUCCACCAUGUGUCCUCAAACUGAUGGAGGCAAGAACAAGGCAACCGAUAGGGGAAUUGUAAUGGUCCCUUCCCCUCUGAUGGGACGCAUUCCAGAAAUUGAUGAACUUCCUAGGUAUCCCGCUUUGGCACGUGUGAACGCUUUGCAAGUGAUAUCCCUGUGGGGGGUAGCUGGUGCUGGGAAGUCUGCUCUUGUUAGAAAUCUGUACCACAAAAAGGUGCAUAUGCUUCAGAAUAAUGAAUUUGAUAAGCAUGGUUGGGUGGAUGUGUCCUAUCCAUUCAAUUUAAGGGUUUUCUGUCUCAGCUUACUUUUGCAAUUCCAUUCACAUUCUCUCAAAGCAAAUGAAGCUAUAUACUGCAGCACCAGAGGAAUCAGAGACCCCAUCGAAGAGUGCCACAACCUUCUAAAAUAUCACCGGUGCCUUGUUGUUAUUGAUAAUCUUAAGUCCACAGAAGAAUGGGACUUCAUAGAAGCUGCCUUGGUAUCGAGACGCUCUCAAAGCAUUAUUAUUGUAAUUACCAAUGAGGCAAGCCUUGCCUUACGCUGCACAGACAGAAAGGAGCUCGUGUUUAAUGUCAAAGGUCUGGAAAUUGGGGCAGCCAUCGAUCUCUUCAAAACGGAGGUCAUCCGGAGGCGGCGUUUGGUGAUGAGAUGGAUCGCAGAGGGUUACUCCAAGGACAAGUCCAACUAUACUGCAGAGGAGAAUGGGGAGGAGCUCUUCUCUAAGAUCAUUGAGCUGAGCAUGAUUCAACCACCAGAGCAGGCAAUGAUCACAAACAUGAGAAUGAUUUGGUUCCAAGUCAGUGCUUUCUUCCAUGAAUACAUCAUCUCGAGGCCAAAAGAAGAGAAUGUUACCUUUGCACUGGAGGUCUUUGCGCUAGCGGGAUGCUGCCGCCAAACCACCGGGCGCACAGGACGGCACCUUGUUAUAGAGGAAAGCUGGGAUAGAGACAGGAUUGUGUUUGAGAGCAUCGACUUCUCUCGGCUACGCUCCUUCACAGUGUUUGGGAAAUGGGAAUCAUUUUUCAUUUCUCCAAGUAUGAAAGUGCUUCGGGUGCUUGAUUUGGAGAAUUCAUCAGGUGUCACGGAUGAAGACCUCAAGAAGAUUGUAAACCUUCUCCAUCGCCUAAAGUACCUAUCUCUGAGGGGAUGCAGUGAGAUCCACCAUCUGCCAAGUUCUCUGGGUCAUCUGAGGCAACUUCAGAUUCUUGAUGUCAGAAACACCUCCAUAGUCACAUUUCCGGUGUCCUUCACCAAUCUAAAGAAGCUGCAGUAUAUCCGAGUAGGCACUACCACCCCUGCCGACCUCACGAGUCGUCAUGAACGAGUAGCUGUUGAGCUGCAUGCUGGGAUUGAGAAGCUAACCGCAUUGCACACGAUUGGGGUUGUUAAUGUCGAUAUUGCAAGGGGGAAAACCAUCCUGAGUGAGCUCAGGAAACUCACUCAACUGCGGAAGCUCGGAGUAUUCGGCGUAAAUAUAAAAAACAGCAAUCAGUUCUGUUCUGCCAUCUCAGGUCAUGCUCAUUUGGAAUCCUUGUCAGUGUGGAUAAAUAAGAACAAUCAAAAUUGUUUGGAUGGCACCCUGCUUCCGAAGAACCUACAGAGCCUUAAGCUGUUUGGCCUUGUAAACAAGUUGCCAGUAUGGAUCAACUUGCUUAGAAAGAUAAAAAAGUUGGUUUUGGAGAUAACCGCACCAACAGAACAUGACAUGGCAGUGAUUGGUGGUCUCCAAGAACUAUGUGUUUUGUGCCUUUAUGUCAAGCCAAUUCAAGAUGGCAACCUCAAUUUUCUAGUCAAGACAGAGGAAAGGGUAGAGUUCCUGUCCUACGAAAAGGUCAAGGUCCUCGAGAUUGCUUGCAGCUCCCCGUUACUUGUAACUUUUGGAUCAUUAGCAAUGAGAAGUCUUGAGCAGCUGACAGUUCACUGCUGCAGUGGGUUGACGUUGCCAUUUGAUGAGAUAAGAAAUCUCACUAAACUCAGGGAAGUCCGGCUUAUUGGUUCCCAAGAUGAUGCACUCAAGAAACAAUUGGAGGAACAACUCAAACGUCAUCCAAAUAAACCUGCUUUGAAGCUUGGGUGACCGUGUAUUGAAGUCCAGACAAUUGUUAUCUGUUCUACCUGCUGGGUUCGCAGGAUUACAUGGCAGGAAAAGAGGAAUACUUUCACGGGAUUAAGUCAAGUUCAUUGGAGUUGUACUGACAAGGCUCAGCUCAUAUAUGUGCCAAUAAAAAGCCUUUGUUGGUGUAAACCAUAUGUGUAGUAGGAUCGGACAUGCAAAUUGAUGUGGCAGUUUAGUUGUGUUGCUGUAAUUUGAUGGGGGUACUACCAAUGGCAUUCAAGUAUCUAACGUUUCUCCAUGGUUUGGUGUGUACAUUUUCUGUUCAUGGCUUCUGUAAUAACUGGUCGCUGGCUUCUCUACAAUAUAAUUGGUGUCAACAGUAUAUAAUACCAUCUCUACAAAA